AAGAAGUAGUGGGAUACCAUGCAUUUGGAUAGACAGGAAGGCAUGAGUGGCAAGGACUGCGCCAUUGGAGGUCUUAAUGGGCCAGGCAAUAUUGCAGUUUGGUUGUACAACAUGUAUAGAGCAGGCGUGGCUAUCAAACGUCAACUUCACCACCUCGUCACUUACCAAAUUUAACAACGUCUAGGAGCCACAAGCCACAAACACUAAACGGCCGUAUGCAAGCAUAUAUCAGCUUCUGGUCCUCUUCAUGCUUGGGCUAUGCCACGAUACAUCUCGCCCAAUUCCACCGUUUCAUUCACGCCUCAUUCAUCACCCCUCUGGUCUCCGGUGAUUCGCCAAUAUCUCGACGAACGUUGGGCAGCUAGCGCAGCUUUCUUCAACCAUGCAACUCGACCUCCACGAUUCCACGUUCCUCCUCUCAUCACUGCUCACAUACAUGUCACUCUUCUUCAUUGCGCUUUUCAUGCUUGCACUCUCUGGCUAUCUACAGAUAUUCUCUCCCAGGCGAAACCCAUUUAUCCCGCACUUCCCACCCCCCAAGCAAACCGAUUUCCUCGCUCAAACGUACCACACACUAAGCCCCAUUUCCCGCCGCUAUGCCCCGAGUCCCUCUCCCACAGGGCCCAGGUCCCAUUUCCGAUGCACGGAGAACAGGACUCGAGGAGGGCCGAGACAAUUUGGAGGCCGUGACUGGCAAGAUUCUUCGGGUUUUCACCCUCAUCCUCAUUAUGAUUUUGAUCCUGAUUUUACCGAUGGUUAUUUGGCCUAUUCGCAACGCCCUGAAUCUGGAUUCAGAAGACAAACGUACUACCAGGCUUCCGGAAUUUCGGAAUUUGAUUAUGGCUUCGAUUCGACUUCCCUCUCCAAUGGCGGUGGGAUGCUAUGCGACACCGUCUGUAGGCGGUGGUUAGGGCAUAAGAAACAGAGACAUGGUCCACGAUGCGUUGUGUAUAACAAUAUUAACGCGAACAAUGAACUUCAUGGUAAUAGUUCUUUACAUGGUGGUGUGCUUCCUUUGGGAGGUCAAGGUCGGGGUCGGGUUCAGAAACAACGGGAUCCGCUGGCAGAUACGGACACAGUGCUAGCUUGGGCUAGUCGCUGUGGUGUUGGUGAUGAUGCUGAUGAUAAACAAUUUAGAAGGCACGUUAGUUGCGAUAGGAAAGGGAGAAAAAAGUCCACGUCUUCAGAAGCAAACUUGCAGCCGGGAACCCGGACGUCCACAAUCGGAUCCAAUUCCCGCUCUCGACCUCGAUCUCGGUCUAGAAGGCCUUACCAUACUCCUUCUCAAUCCAGCCUACCACUGAAACGGCCAGAGCAAAAUAUUCCGGUUGAUGUUGUGGCAGACUUUAGAAAUGGUGGGGACGGUGCACCACCUUCCAAAUACCUUGACCAUGACAAACACUACGAGAAAAUUCUAUAUACAGAUACCAUUGAUGCCGAGGAACAGAAUGAUGGGAAAGCAAGAAGGGGAGCGCAAGCUAGGAGGCGACAGCCAAAUGGAAACGAGUCUCCGGAACCUGCCGUCAGCGAUCUCAUGCAAUGAAAUGAGAGAAGGGGAGUGAGACGAGAGAUAGGGUUUAG